GGAGAGCAAAAGAGUAGGAGCAGAGAGGAAAGGAGAGUUACUGACAUGAGAGAUAAAGUGUAGCGGGGCAAAUACAUUUAGUAAAGAAUCGAUUGAAAGUCUGUCUGAAAGAGAAAUGAUGUGUCGACGACAGGAAGAGGUUAUUUGUGAGGUUAGUGUGUGAGCCUGCUCUGUUUGGACUGACAUUGGAUGCCGGCUAAGCUGCUCUGUGUCUCGCACAGAAACACACCCAGCAGCAGUGACACCUACACACUCCAGGGGACAGAGAGAACAUGGCCUGAAUAAAAGAACACAGCAGAGAAAAGUCAGAGGGAGAGUUACUUUGUCCGGGACUCUCCCUCCUUUUCCUCUCUCGUGAGCUACAUCCCUCUUCCACCGGGAAAGCAAGAGAGAGCAGGGUUUGUUUUUCCACUCAAAAGGAUUAUUCUUCCAGCAGCUCCUUUUUACAACAUCAAAUAUUGGUUUUCCACAGAAACCAAGCAUUCCUUCUCCGUGGGAAUUGUGCUUUUGUGCGGUUUGGAAAAUGGAUUUGGAAGAGGAUAUGUCUUGUUAGAGCUGCAGUCCCUGAAGAGCUGGCAGCUGGAGAAAGGUGGAACUUUGUGAAAGCAUCAUUAUCCAGUGUUAGAGACGCUCUACGCUGUUUUGGCUAAACUCUCGUGUUUCCUUUAGUUCCUAGUGGCUGAUUGGGAGGAGCCAGGGAGUGGAAGACUGACCACACACACACUGACAGACUGUUGACUAUUUUGCAAGGUUUCAGUGUGACAGGAAGCACAGCUCAGAGAAAACUGCUUUUGCUUUUCCUUCUUAAUUUGGCUCCCAUUUUGGCCUGUAAAGCCGGUGUAUUGGAUUCCUGUUUUUUAUUUUUGCCCUUGUCUGGACACAGCUCCCAUUCUUUCAUCACAGCUCUCCCUGGACCCUCAUGAGCAUAUGCUUCCUAAACGGGGGACUAGAUGGAAGAAAUGUGAUCCUCUGUUUUGUAGUGUGUUUUGGACAGCAACAGUGCGGUUUCCAUGGAAAAGGCCAGAGAAAUAUGGAGUGGAGGGGCUGCGUGAGCGCUCUACCCCUAUGUCUCUGGUCCAAGUGAAAUCAAAGCCAGCUAGCGUAGCCCUGCAAGCUCCGCCCUGGAAUUCCUUGUUCAGACUCUUCUCGUGUGUAGCCACAAGUAGCGUGCACAGGACUAAAGAGGUCCCCACAUUUCAAGAGAAGACGACCGCCUUAUUUGGAAAUCUUAUGGACGAAGCCGAGUCCCUCAGUGUUGAUGCAGAUGUGUCGGAGGUAAACAGCCAGGGACUCAGAGAAAUGAGUCGCCAGACUGCCACCGCGCUGCCCACUGGAACCUCCAAGUGCCCCCCCUCCCAGCGCGUCCCCACCCUGUCAGGCACCACCGCCUCCAACAGCGACCUGGCCAGCCUGUUUGAGUGCCCUGUCUGCUUCGACUAUGUGCUCCCCCCCAUCCUGCAGUGCCAGUCUGGACACCUGGUAUGCUCGAACUGCCGGCCCAAGCUCACCUGCUGCCCCACCUGCCGAGGGCCCCUGGGCUCCAUCAGGAACCUGGCCAUGGAGAAGGUGGCGAACUCGGUCCUCUUCCCCUGCAAGUACGCCUCGUCGGGCUGCGACGUCACCCUGCCUCACACCGACAAGACGGAGCACGAAGAGCUCUGUGAGUUCCGGCCGUACUCCUGCCCCUGUCCCGGCGCCUCCUGCAAGUGGCAGGGCUCCCUGGACGCCGUCAUGCCUCACCUGAUGCACCAGCACAAGUCCAUCACCACGCUGCAGGGGGAGGACAUCGUGUUCCUGGCCACGGACAUCAACCUCCCGGGCGCGGUGGACUGGGUGAUGAUGCAGUCCUGCUUCGGCUUCCACUUCAUGCUAGUGCUGGAGAAGCAGGAGAAGUACGACGGCCACCAGCAGUUCUUCGCCAUCGUGCAGCUCAUCGGGACCCGCAAGCAGGCGGAGAACUUCGCCUACCGGCUGGAGCUCAACGGGCAUCGGCGCCGCCUCACCUGGGAGGCCACGCCGCGCUCCAUCCACGAGGGCAUCGCCACGGCGAUCAUGAACAGCGACUGCCUGGUGUUCGACACGUCCAUCGCACAGCUGUUCGCCGAGAACGGCAACCUGGGGAUCAACGUCACCAUCUCCAUGUGCUAAGAAAAACUUUUCCAGAAAAAAAGAGGGUCAAAAAGUUACAGAUUGUCCGGGGGGCAUUUUUUUAAGGGGGUCAAACUCGUUGUGACUUCACAGCGUCUCCUCCCACCCCCUUUCUCUGCCUCACCCCUUGAGACGUGGAACUGGACUGUCUGAUCGGGCAGCCAAGGGGUGGGGAUGGAUGGAUGGAUGGAUGAAUGAAUGGAGGAAUGCAUAAACACGAGGAAAAAACUGUGUAGUGAUGGACUUCUAAACAUAUAUAUGUGAGACGCAUGCACGCACAUGCAGGUCCCGCCCUCUCUCGGUCACCAAACCCAAACUGACGAGCUGUUCAGUCAAAUAUCGCCGUUAGUCGCCGUCUACUUCCCCUCAGUCAUCCUCUGGCAUUUUACACACUACAGCCCCGCCCUUCACUCACAGAUGCUCUCAAACGUGCUGUGGCGACUACACGAUGAGGAAGGCUCAAGCUAUACCACAACACGGACUCCCGGUCAGUACACCCCCCACCAUUCCCUGCUGUUUGUAUUCAAACUCCCUCUUGGAUUAAACGCUCCACACCCGUGUGUUCAUCUGUUAGCGCCCGGGAUAUCGCAGAUUUUGGCUGUUUUAUCUCCACCUGUGAUUGGACGGCUGUAGCACCCAUAGCCACCCAGUUAUGUCCAUGACUGCAGACGCUCCACAGAACAUCCCUCACUCGCUCCACCCGAGGCUAAAGAUUGUGACGCUCUUUAAAUAGUAGACCAUCGUCAUAACUAGUUAUUCCUCCCGCUCUCGCACGGUAUGGAUUUGGAAAGCCCCGCAGCUACAACGGCCCUGGAUCCUUAAAAGAGAAUAAUACUUUCAUGGGACUGGACGGGUAAAAGUGGAGGUGUAACACACACACGAAAACACACCCUGCAUUACAGGCUGCGUGUGGAUGAUCGCGUGUCGGAGCAUUGUUGACCGAGGAUUAGAGGAGUCCUUUUUUUGUUGUUUUUUUCAGAACGAGGAAAGAAAAACAUUUCAGUCGAGUCAGUUUUCUUUUGGGGUUUAUUUUUUAAGUCUGUUUCUUUUUAAUUAUUUUAGUUGUCUUUUUUUUGUAUGAGAGGAGAGGAGAGGUGUGUGUGUGUGUGUGUGUGUGUGUGUGUGUGUGUGUGUGUGUGUGUGUGUGUGUGUGUGU